GCACUUAUCCAGUUCUUUCUGCAUUUCUUGCACUUCUUUCUAUUCUCCUAUACCAAUUUUCGGCUUUGUCAUCUUCAGUUUCACUUGUGCUAUCAGAUUAGUUCAAUAUGUAUACACGUUUAAAUGUAUAUUUGUCAAAAAUGUCGUCUUAAAUUUAAUAAUCUAAAUUUUAGUGUCAUUUAUGUGUUUUAAAUAAAUGAAAAAAAAAAAACAAAAAUAAAAUAUAAAUACAAAUUUAAAAAAAAAUUCUAAUUGCAGCAUCUUUUGAUGGUCCACUUGAAUAAACGACUACCUGUAGAGUACGACAGUAAGUGCAUCCAUGCUACCUGUGAACUUCACGCAGAGCCUACUUACGUUCCACGAUCCUCUAUUAAACCGCACUAAAAUCAUAGUGAGCUUCACAUCCACAGGUGACAAACAUAAGAUCGAAAGUAAAAACUAAAAAAACAUUGUGCGAAGUAUUAAUAAAAAUCAUGGAGAUGCUACCGAUUCUUUCCAAGGCUCAAAUGCUAUACGAAAAUGACGUAAUGUGCAAUGCAAUUAGUAUAGAGGAUAUAUUACCAUUGAUAAACCGAUGGUUGGUGGAGUAUAGAGAUCUAAUGAACGAAGAUUUUAAUCAACUCCAUCUGGUAACUCAGAAGUCGAUUGAAACUAAAUAUUUGAUAGCGCAGAGAAUUUCUGCAUUAUUUGAGGAAAUACAGCGUUUGUUGCAAGUAAUAGAACGAAAUCGUGCUGCUUCUUCAACAAGUAGCCAAACUACGAAUGCAGAUGAUACUGGAAGCACUAGUAGCGGCUCUUCUACAUCGGAGAAAGCGUUGCCAAAUAUUGUGGCAUCGCCCAACCCAGCUGACCAAUUGAAUGAUGAUAAGCCAAGUACAAGCCGUUCCGCUCUCAGAAAUAUCAAUACGGUACGUCGCAUCACUUAUGAAAAUGCUUAUUGCGCAGAUCCACGUAAACGUGUGCUCAGAGAAAUGAAUGGAAAAGCUAACCUAAGUGGAAUAUCAAACGAAACGGUUGCUACAACUACUGAAACUGCCAGUACUGCCAGCACGAACAGUGCGGAGAGUGUUGGUGCUGCCAGUAUGAGUACACCAACUCCUACUCCCUUGCCGCCUAUGCCAAUGCCAUCGCCGCCCAAUCACCACUAAGUGCGCCGAUAGCACACAGAAGUUUAGACGCCUCAGCAUGACUCCAAGGCGCAAUGAUUGAGUGCAAAAAUUAAGAGAACCGUACUGAAUAUUUUUUUUAUUUUUAGAGGAAAUUAGUUAAAAAAUUUAUUGAUGUUUUAUGUAUGCAGUUCUAUUAGUAUUUUGUAUAAUUUCUAUAUUUAUGUAAAAUUUCCCUACAACGUAAUAAUGUUCAGAAUUUUAAUUUUAGUUUUAAUACAAAAAAAACAAAAAAAAAAAUGUAUGCUCUUCUUGAGCAAAACAAUAAUAUUUUUGUCAUUUGAGAAUUAUUUCGACGAUUAAAAGAAGCACUGACCUAAGUGCAUAUUAUUAAAUGGGUACUAUUUUGACGAAGACAACAUUAAAGUAAAUGAAUCUAUAAUUAAUUAUUUCAAAAAACGAAAACACCCGUUAUAUUAUAUUAAUAAGUCAACAAUCAAUAUUUCUAAAGUACAAAGAAAAUACAAAAAAAAAAUGUAUUUUUCAUAUCUGAAAUCUAAUAAAAUGAAUUCCCUAAUUUUUACUUUAAAUUGAAGUUUAUAUUUAGUGAAUUUAGAAUGGUCCGUUUUAGGUAAGAUAUGCACCGUUUUAUUUGAGAACUCAUUGCCGUUUUGAGUAUAAUUUCAUAAUGCCACUCUUAUAGUAACCCUCGUCUCUAUUGACCAAAACUAUGGCGCUAUACCAUACCAUACUAUAAGGUGAUGCAAAAGAACCUCCCCAACAAGUUCCGGUAGGCCCUGUCGUUUUGAUAAUUAUCCAGACCAUUAGCCUCUUCAUUUAGACAGUCCAAUUGUUGGCAAAACAGGUUCGAAUUAUGGGUGUAGCCUCUUAGUAGAAUAUACCCUGUCAAUCCCACUAAAUCCGACCGGAACGACAAAACCAAAAUUGCGAAUAAUUGGCUAAUACAAUAUUACUCCCCCAAACGCUAUUUUUUACAGUACAGUAUCAAUUAAUCUCCAUAUAUUGGAGAAAUAAUUGCUUUCUCUUUAUUAUAACCAGUAUUUUGUUGAAAAUAUUUAUCUUUGAAAAUGAAAUUCGCUAUUUUCCUCUAACCAUCUUAGAAAUAAAUUCAGCGAGGAGCUUUUUUAAUUGAAUGUUAUACCUUUAGAUAUAAGCUUAUGUCUAAGUCAUCAUUAUACCUCGGUGGUCUCAUCAUGCAGUUGAUACCUGUGGUGAUAUAUGCCUAUAAUGAGAUUAUAGUUUUAAAAGCACCAACUAUUGGACAAGCGUUCAUAAAUAUUUCAUUCUAAACUAAUUCAGAGAGUUCCGAAAGUCUGGAUAUAUGUUUAAGGUUUAAGAUACUAGACGGAAUAUUUGUCAUAUUAUCCCCACCUCACCUUCAUAUGUUAAGAUACCUCGAAUACAGGAUUACAAACUUGAUAUUCUUAAGAGCUAUGCGAUGAACCAGAAGCUCACAUGGCUGGUUAUCACUCUAAUCAAAAUUGGACAAAUGUCACUCAAAAUCUAUCUAAACUAAAUCUAGAAGAUGUCUAUGAAUUAUCAAAGCAUAAAACCAUCUUCUAGACAGAUUUCAAUAAAAUUUUCAAAACACUUGUUGGUAAUGGAAUUAUAUUUCUAUAAUUUUCUAGAUUUAGCAAUCUUAACUAAAUAUUCAUAAAUGUGGAGAAAAAGAGGCGGGUAUUUACCAUAUUGCCGUGAGUGGAUUUAAAGGGAUAUGGAAUUCGGUAAACAUGUGUUGAGCUAAAGAAAAAGGUUGGAAAAACAAUAACAAAUAUACAUAACGAUCACCCCGAUUCUUUGAAUUGUAUUAAAUAUUAAGCAUACUCUUUCGUCAGCCAGGUGUUGUAAAUAAAAUAUUUCUCUGUUUUUAAGAAUUCGCAACCAGGCUGAAUACCAAGGUUAAUAGAGUUUUCAGAAAUCCUUACCUUGCAAAUUCCAAAACUGCAAAAGUCUAUAUGUAAUAUUAGAUCAGAAACAAUGUAGGUGUGCUCGUUUAAUUGCACUUCACUCAAAGCCCAACUACUUUAGCAGCAGAACCCUUACAUUGAAUGCAUCACUUCCAUUGUUCUUCGUUGAUAGAGGGAUUAAGUCAUUGAAGAAGCACCCACGUAAUAACAUGGGUUUGAAAGGGGUCUGUAGACCUUGAGCAAAAACAAUAAUGCACUCUUUAUUUUGCUUUUAAAGCACUUCUGAAGAAAAAGCGAUUACCUGAAGAAUAAAUAUUCUACCUAGAAGCUUACUGCUUGAAACUGCAAACCUAUAAAAUGUGAUGAUCUCGCUGAAAUAUCCUCAGAGUGAAUUUCACUUCCAGAGGUGAUGGUAAGAAGUCAGAACAUAAAGAGUGCAAAAAAUAUUAUAUUAUAAUACGCAUCCAAAAGUGAUAGAUUGACAGAGACAAUUUUACAAAAAAAAAAAUAUUGUGCAAAAUAUUAAUAAAAAUUUCUAAAAAUAUUAAAAACAAUAAAAAAAUAAUAUUAUAAUACCCAUCCAAAAGUGAUAGAUUGACAGAGACAAUUUUACAAAAAAAAAAAUAUUGUGCAAAAUAUUAAUAAAAAUUUCUAAAAAUAUUAAAAACAAUAAAAAAAUAAUAUUAUAAUACCCAUCCAAAAGUGAUAGAUUGACAGAGACAAUUUUACAAAAAAAAAAAAUAUUGUGCAAAAUAUUAAUACAAAUUUCUAAAAAAUAUUAAAAACAAAUUAUAAAAACAACAUAACAAGAAGUAUGGAACCGCUACCAAUUCUUUCAAGGGCUCAACUCGAAGCCGAGAAUGAGAUGAUGAUGAAGGCAAAAGAACCAGAAGACAUCGCACCACUCAUAGAGAUAUGGUUGGUAGAAUAUAAAGACAUACCAGCAAUGGUACAUGGAGAACUCAGUGCGGCAGUGCGAGAAACUCUUGAAGGCAAAUAUAAAUCAGCACAGAGAAUAGCGAUAAUAUUGCAAAAGCGAGCCAAAAAGCGGCAGCGUGGAGAACUUAAUAAGAUGCGGAAUGAGCAUCUGUUCGAUGAGUUUAAACGAGUUAAGGCACAUUUGGAGGAAGCGCUCAAAAUCAUAAGCGACGUUAAAGAGAGAAAUGAAUUAUUGCAACAACUAUUUGAUAAUCAGAAUGUACCGACGACGAGAAAUGAUGAAAUGCAUGUUACGGGGUCAACAACAAGCCCGACGAGUUGGCCAAACGAAAACAACACGCCGAAUCGCAACACUUACGUAAACGCCGAUCCACGUAAACGUGUGCUGAGAGAAAUGAAUAGAGAAGCUGAAUUGAAUAGAGAAGCUAAGCGACGCGAAAUCUCAACAAAUGUGCAAUCAAGUAGAACCGAAGUUCACGUAGAACCUAUGAAUGAAAAUGGCGUGAGUGCUAUACAAUCCGAAGUUCACGUAGAACCUAGAAAUGAAAAUGAAGUGAGUGCUAUACAAUCUAUACAAUCCGAAGUUCACGUAGAACCUAUGAAUGAAAAUGAAGUGAGUGCUGAACAAUCUAUACAAUCCGAAGAUCACGCAGAACCUAUGAAUGAAAAUGAAAUGAGUGCUACACAAUCUAUACAAUCCGAAGAUCACGUAGAACCUAUGAAUGAAAAUGAAGUUAGUGCUGCACAAGAAAUUAUUGUUAACAGCAACAACAUCAUAAAUGUAGUGAGUGACAGCGAAGAAAUUGUGAUCGAUAACUUGGAUGACAUUGAAAUGGUUGCUGCAUAUGUUACUGUCUCCACAAGUCCGGAAACUGAGCUCGUUAAUAUGAACAUUGCGGAAAGUGAUCGUACUGCCACUAUGAGUACACCAACACCUGCUCCAUCGCCACCACUGGCAGCAUCAACGCCAAAACGACGCCAAUGGCAGUACGUCUCAUCGCGCAAUGAUGAGAACGCUGUGCCCUGCAUAGUGAUUGGUCCGAAUGGCACAAAAGUACCCACCGAAAAAUUUGAAGCCAUUUCAUUCAUGUCUUCGUCUGCGGCCACUCGCAGCUUACUUUGCAUGAUUUUUCCGGAGCAGGUUCUAGCCACACAUACACUUAGUGGUAAGCCUUCGCCAGCAUUUUUGGCAAACGAUCGUGUACGCCCGCAAAAGGGUCAAUUGGAUCCGAAAAAGGUUGAGGAUAUCAUACAUUGUGUGAUGACACUCACUGGUUGCACCGAUAAAGCGGUUCGCAUGACAAUUACCACUAAAUGUGCCGAUAGCACAAAAAAGUUUAGACGCCUCAGCAUGACUCCAAGGCGCAGUGAGUGAAUGCAAAAUAUGAGGAGAAACGAACUGUAUAUAUUUGUAUUUGUAUAUGUAUAUGUGAUGUAAAUAAGAUUUGUAUAUAUAGAUGUAGUUUUUAUAGUAGUUUAUAUUGUAUAUUCCAUUUUUUAUAAUAAUAUUACUUUAUCAAUAAAAAUUUGUACAUAGACUCCAAAAUUUGUUUGAAAUUUUUGUCACGGAGGUAUGGGUUUUGACUUAGAUUAUGGGUUUCUGUGUGUUGUCAUUAUUAAAGUCAUGAUCUUCUUUUUAAAAUGUCUAAACAAGCCGGAAAUCAAUUUUUCUCACUUUCUUCCAAAAUCCAUGAAUUCGAAUUAGAGCUUUCCUCAAUUCCUUUUCCUUUUUAUAUUCAAAAGAUAACAGUUUAAUUCUACUUUCUGCAGUUUCGAGAGUUAUAUUGACAUACCAAGGCACCUAAUUUUGGUCGCUAACAAACCCCUUCUUGGUAAAGAUACAAUAAUCAACUACGUAAAAAGCUCGAAAAGAGAGUAUGUAGAAAACAACAGCAAAAACACAAGAAGCUCUCUUUCCGCGCCAACAUUUUUAAUGCACGGUCAGUCAAGCAAUUACAGAAAAUAAAUUAUGAAAUAAAAACUUUACUAACUGCAUUAGAAUACCCACUGAGGGCACGGCCCUUGCACAAGAACAAUAAAACAGCAAAAUAGUUUGCUGUUUUUCAGCAGCAGCACGUAAAGUUUGGACAAAGGAAAUACGUAAAACUCAAAGUAAGUAAACAAAAUGUAGUGAACUUCGGCGACCCAUCUCGUUCACUUCCUCGCCCAUCACUGGACGUUUCGCUUAUAUUCGGCCAAUUUCCAUUUCUUUCGGCCCACACUCCUCAAAAUUCCCACUUUUAUUCUGUAUUUUUUUCGUUUCUUUGAAGUUCAAUUACGAAUGCGCGCUGCCGCUAAAACUGGAUCCCUGCGUUCCGCUACCUUUUUUAGAAACUCGAUUCACAUCAACCGCGCAGUUGACCGACUCGCUUAACUUUUUCGCGCGGCUACUUUGCGCAUCGUUCUCACUUGUUUACUCGUUGUGACGAGUGAGUGCAGUGUCGCAGUUCGUGAAUGGUUGUUUUGACUGACAGCGAGCACUUGCGUUGCCAACUACGCGUACGAAAAUCGACAGACCGCGCAUUGUGGCCAUAGCGGAAAUUAAGUAAAUUUUCGUGCUGUUAGCCAUUGCGGUGUGCUUCAUCCGCCGCUCUUAACGGUAUUUCGCAACGUUCCCUCCACUCAUUCAACUCUCCUCCACAUUGCUACCGGAGCAAAUGUAUUGAGCUGUUGUCCUGCAAGUGACUGUCGCUGCGUGCCUCGACAAACCUCUGUGGGCGUGCUGUUUGUUCUUGGCGCAGGCCGAAAAUAAGUUACAAUAUUAAAUAUUCCAAACACAUAGCCAUCAAGGGCGAAUUUAAGGCAACACUGUGCUUCUGUUCAUGCGUGUGCACUGUGUGUGUCACAAAAUUGGUAGCGAAAUUGUGUGAAUAAGAAAGAGAAUAAGAAAGGUAGCAAAAAUAUGGAAAAAUUGCGUAGCUUUUAAUUUUCUGAAUUUUUUUUCUUUUUUUCUGUAAAUGAAAGCGUGUCUUCGGUAUGCGAGCGGUGAGUAUGAGACACAGCAGAUAAUUAAAAAUUCUGUUUAUUAUUAUUUAUGUAAAUUUCGGCGCGUAUUCUUCUGUGCACAUAUUUGUCGGAAAGGUACGAAGGAAAAGGCACGUUUUAAGCAGUGAAAUGAGCCAUUUCGAUAAGACUGCUCAUUCGAUUCUGAAGACCUUUGUCCUACUUAUAUAGGGAAAUGUUUGAGGAGAUUUUUGUACCAGUAAGAGAGCUUGCGCCAUAAAUACGGUGAGUAUUGCUUAUAUGGUAAGUAUAAAGCGAAUAAUGGAGCUUUAAAAUAAAAUUUAAAUGCACUAAUUAAAAAAUUGGUAUAAGUGCGAAUCGAACGUACAACUGGUAUAAAUGUAUUAAACUGGUAUAAAAUCUCAAUAAUUGAAUAGUAAGUAAUAGUUAAGAAUGACUUUAUUGUUAUUUUUUUGACGAUAAAGUAUAGCUUAGAAAAAGUUUAUCUACUCACAGAAGGGUUUGAGAAAUCGCUUAGUAUAAGUAAAUAUUUUAGUGGCCUAAACAAUCGACUUACAAAUAAAAAAUCAUUAUCUAAUAAAAACUAUUCGGCAACAACAACAAAACAAGUAUUUACUUCAGCCAAAUUUUAUUUAAUUUUCCUUUCUUAAACUCCAAUCACCAACUCAGCCAAACUCUUCAACACCAGCUCAGUUUAAUUUGUUUUUAUUGUCUUUGGCUAACUUGCUGGUGUUUACUCAAUUCUGGUAGCUGUGGCAUUGACUGUGGCUGAAAUAACUCAAAACUCGGCAAAAUGUCAAAACACAAACAACAAAAAUAACAAAAUUUUAAACACAGAUUUAUACGCAAGUCGAGACAAGUUUUCACACGCGUUUCCUAAUUUUCAGGGUUGCCUUUGUUGAAUUGCUAAUAUAUUAAUUUCGGUUGCACACUUUGUGAAACUUUUCUGUGCGCUUUUUGUGGGCAACGCCAUUGAAAUUGAACUUUAUAGCUUUGCAUUUGUUGUAAUUACUUGUUGUUGGCACUCUUUCGGCGCUUGCAACAUAAUUAUUUUCAUAACCCCCCACGUUUCUUUAAUGCAAAGUAGCUGUCAUUUUUCAUUGGUAUAAUUGAAAUUUUUAGUCAAUUAUAUACGCCAUGAAUUGAUGGGGAAAAGUUUGCGCACGAUUACGCCGUGGCGCACCACUUUUUUUUGUAUUUUCAGCUUUCUUACUUAUUCGCCUGCGUUUUAUUCUUUAGAAAGUGAAAAGGAGUGUAAAACAGUGAAAAUGCGCAAUGUUGUGUGCAACAACAACAACACAGAUGUGUUAAUUUCACGAAGCAGUUAAUGGCGACUGAGCAGGCAGUGAAUAUACUGUGCGAGGGCGAUUUCAAUAAAUACAUUUAUUUAUUUGCGUUUAAGCAAAUGUAUGCACAAGCAAGGGUUGCGCGCAACUGGCGACUGUAGGCCAUGUUACACAAGCGAAGUAAGUGCGUUUGCUUGCUCACUUCUUCUUCCGGCUGUUCCUUUGUGGUUUUUCGACUUUUAUACAACAACACUUCUUCGCUGUGCCUCGCUCUCACUCUCUCUCUGCUCCGCUUGGCCGCAGAAAAAUGCGUGAUUUAUGCGCUUUGUUAAAUUUUAUAUUGUAUAAUCAGUCAUUUACUUCCACUCCACUCGUCGCUGCCCUUUAUACACUUCAAUGAUUUCGAGUGUUUCGGGUUUGUGUUUUUUUUUUGUUUUUGCCUCAACUUGCGCCUCGUAUUUACAUGUUAAGCAUGAGUUAUUAUUUUUUCUUUCAUUCCUACUGGCUUUUACGCAUUUAUGAAAAAUAAGCGUCAUAGCCUUAGCAUAAAAUCAUUUAUUUCUUUGUAUAUGCGUAGUGUAGCAACAACAAAAGACAAAUUACACACGCCAUGACUAUCUGACAAUGCGCUGCGUCUAAGGAGACAAAUAAGCUUUCGGGAAAAAAGCUUCAAUAAGAUGACUGUGAUUAUUUUUAUGAUAAUGACAAUAGUAUUUGUAGAUUUUGAGCAUUGUUUGUCGUGCUUUAUAUAAAAUAGUCAUUAAAAUUAUGAGUAAUUGAAACGAAU